AUAAAUAUUCCAGGAGUCGAACAUGACAAAUGAAAUCCAUCAUAAAAUAGAAGACCACUGGAAAGACAAAAUAUUAUCUCAAAAAUCAGAAACCAGGACUGGAGAAAAAUAUUAUGUCCUGUCAAUGUUUCCCUACCCGUUUGGAAGCUUACACAUAGGCCACGUCAGAGUAUACGCCAUCUCCGACGCAGUAUCCAGGUUCCACCGUCUGAAGGGUCGGGACGUGAUCCACCCGAUGGGCUGGGACGCGUUUGGCCUCUCAACAGAAAACGUGGCUUUGGAGAGGAACAUUGACCCGCAAGAGUGGACCGAGAGUAACAUCUCGAACAUGAAGACCCAGUUGAAGACUCUGGGACUCGAGUUAGCGACCUGCCAUCCGGAGUACUACCGCUGGAUCCAGGAGUUGUUCCUUGAAUUAUUUGACCAUGCAUUGGCUUACCAGAAGCAGUCCUUUGUAAACUAGGAUCCCGUGGACGAGACUGUGCUCGCUGAUGAGCAGGUAGAUCAGAAUGGAAACUCCUGGCGCUCUGGAGCUAAGGUUCAGAAGAAGCUUUUGAAGCAGUGGUUCAUUCGUACCACGACCUUUACCAAGUCCUUGAUGAGCGGGCUUGAUGAUCCGAUGCUUAAAGAGUGGCGGGAUAUUAUUAAAAUUCAAAAACAUUGGAUUGGAGAGUGCACUGGAACUUCCUUGGACUUUAAGCUGGUUACUAAUUUGCCCGGGAAGCUUGACAGCUUCAAUAUCUAGACAGACAGGCCUGAGUUUAUUGAACAUGCUAAAUUUGUUGCUGUGUCUAGAGAUAAUUUUUUAGCGAAAUCUGGGAUUAAGAAUUUUGAUGAU